AUGACACCACCUCCACCUCCGCCACCACCACCGACCCUUGGGGCACCGGUGGCCCCGCUGGCACCAAGUUCCAACACUCCCCUGGGAGUCUCUCCAGAAAAAGGAGCAACGAAAGCCGUAGCCCCAACGGCGGGUCCCGACCAUAACGAUCAGCUGAUGGCCGCGAUUCGGAAUGGGAUUAACCUGAAGCCAACGAAAACCAACGACCGCAGCACGCCCGGGUUCAUCAAGCGAGCAAAUGGCCCUUUGGAUGCAAAUGGAACUCCGGAACAUCACGAUGAUGCGUCGAACCAAGAUAAACCGUGUUCAAUCGACGAGAUGAAGGACGCCUUGCAGGCCGAACUGCGGAAUACUUUGAAGCGAAAGAUCAAACAACAAGACCAGGGCGACGGGGAUGGCCGGAAGAAUGAAGACAUCGAGCGAGCCAUCGAGCAUACGCGCAACGAGGUACAGCUGAAGCUGAACGGCCCUUCGGGGGCUGAGGGCGCGCCGAAAGUAGACAAUCCACUGAAACUACUCGUUGACAUGGUGGACAAGGAGCGUGGGCUGAAUGUUGUUGUUCCCACGGCGGCACCACAAUCAAGCCCGGUUCCUUCAGUGAAAGGAAACGUGUCAAACGGAAUGUCCCCAGCGACCCAGAAGACCGAACCGAUGACCAACGGAAGCGCUACGUUGAAAAAAGUUUCCAUUGGUCAAGGCCCGGUUGCGAAUGGAAUGUCCCCACCAGUCCAAAAGACCCAACCCAUGCCGAAUGGAAGUGCUACAUUGAAGAAAGUUUCCAUUGGCCAAGCCCCGGUUACAAACGGAAUAUCCCCACCAGCCCCACAGAACAUCCAACCUACGUCCAUCGGAAGUACUACAUUGAAGAAGGUUUCUGUUGGUCAAAGUCCAGAAGAGAAUGGAACCGGUACUAAGCUCAAUGUUAGUACCACGCCUUGGAAGAGUACAUCGCCAGCCACGGGCAAGAUCAGCUCACCGAUGAAAGGUGCGACUCCAAAGAGUAUCUCCGAUGCGGUCACAACUAACGGAACAGGAUCAAAGUCUCCGGUUCCUUCGAGAAACUCACCCACGGGUAUUACAGCUGCGCCCAGCUCUUCCAGUCCACCGGUAACCUCGAGUGUUACUCCCAAAAUAAAUACUAGUCAAACGGUGAAAACUACUUCGCCGAUAGGAAACGGAAGCAACGUUGCAACAACGAACGGUGGAACGGCUGUUAAGACUGCAACUCCGACUUCUUCCGCUUCCAAAGCACCUUCGUAUGGUGGCUCCGUCAGUUCCAGCACUAUAACAAAAGGCGGGACGUACUACAAUACACUUCCAAAAACGUUUGGUGCCUCUACCAGAACUAAUUCUGCAAGUUCUGCCAUGGCAUCCCCUAAGACAGCCGCGCCCGUAUCGUCAACUACGCCACCCGUGUUCAGCAGUACCGUGAAGAUAUCCAUCGGAGGCUACGGCGAGGGCAAUAAAUUGUCCUCCAACGGUGCCAGUCCAAUUGUGCGAAAUGGUAUUCCAUCAAAAAUAGAACCUCUCACCAUUGAGGUUGGAUCGAGCCCUGGAAGCUCCACGAAUGGCACAUCGUCUCCAUCGACACCGAAAGAGCUGCUGUCACCACAAGUUCGCAGUGGUGCGGCCGCUAUAAGACCCUCCCAGAUCCGUACGCUCACCAAGGCGGGAAGCGUCGUAAGCCAUACCGACAUCGUGGAAACGCCCAGGCAGCUUGCUAAGCUUCCGAUAUCGUUGAUCGAACCGGCACCGGUACUAACGGCAGCUGCGGCCGCAUCUCCACCACCGGCAAGUCCCCGGAUGGCUACGGCACAGCAAACAAACAGCAGCCCGGCCAAGGAGCGUACACCAAUGUUCGAAAAAGCCGGUUCUAAGGAACCACCGAAGAGUCCCCUAAAUCGGUGGACUGACAGUUCGUCCGUUUCCGGGGGGACGGCGCGCAAGCUGCUGCUUAGCCACGGACGACCCAACUUCACCAUCAAACGAUCGAAUUCGCGCCAGGGCUUCGAUGUGGAUGUGCCGGACAGCAGGAGUGACACCGUUAAGCCGGUGUUUCGCAUACUAACGGAUUUGGAAAAAAUUGAAUCAGAACAGGACCAACGGGAACAGGCGGCAGGACAUGAGCAACAGCGGCCGGCCGGUGGCCAACAGCAGUACGUUUCGUUCGCAAAGGACCUCUCGAACGCACCGAACAAUCAUCCCGACGUGGCCGUGGUGACGAAAACGGUCAUCAAACCGAGCGCACCGAGCGAUCCCUUCCUGGAGACGCUGAAAGACAUCAAGAUAAAUAUUGGCGAGAUGAAGAUAGUGAAUGCAAAGGACGCGUAAAAUCAUUUCAAGACAUCUUAUUUGACGAAAUACAACGACUCACGUUUGGGAGUUUAACUUCCAAGGCAAGGACAACGGGAAGCUAACCACUCUUGUUGUAGCUUACUUUGAUGGGCACGGCGCAAUACUAGGAUUAGAAGGCGUUCGUUUA